CGGGACGUUUUAAAAUGUAAUUUUCCUCCAACUGGUUUGACCUGUGAUGUUGAGACGUCUCCGCAGCGACAGGACGGAGGGAACAGACACGUUGCAUAUCCUGUUUCUGUGCGUCAGUUCAGUUGGUUGGUGCUGCUAACGUGACCUGGAAACUCACUGCUGGACAACAUGACUUCCUGACAGCUUCGUUCAAUGGUAAAGACACAACAAUGUGAUGAUACAAGACGUGUUGCGUUUAUAUAUAGGCAACGUAUCCGCAGACCAAGUCAUCUGGACUAGUUAACGUUACAUUGGGUACAACUAGCAGGUUAUACUGAUGUAGGUUAGGAGCAAAUUAGCUGCGCGUCCUGGAAAACGUCGCAAACAUUUACGAGUUGCAACAGGAACCAGCAACAUUUUUCUUCCUGAACACAAAGGUUGAGAAGACUGCAGCUUUGUGGUGAGAUAACGGCAUUGAUCUCGCUUGACCUGGGCAGCUACAGUCUCCACUAUUUCAGGCUGCGUGUUGAUGUAACAGAACAACCGGAACAGAACAGAGCUGAAGAUUAGAUGGACGGGUUUGCAGGUGACAUACUGAGCGGUGGCCGGGCGUUGCUAUGUGAGGACAGCUCGGUCAUGGCCCGCAUGCAGAAGAAGUUUUGGAAGACGAGGCAGGUUCUGAUCAAGGCCACAGGGAAGAAGGAGGAUGAGUACGUGGUGGCUUCUGAUGCCGACCUCGACGCCAAGCUGGAGUUGUUCCACUCGGUACAGACCACCUCCACUGAGCUGUUGAAGGUUAUUGAGAAAUACCAGCGGAGGAUCACACAUCUGUCUCAGGAGGAGAAUGAGUUGGGGAUGUUUCUGAGGUUCCAGGCAGAACACGACCGCACCAAGGCUGGCAACAUGAUGGACGCAACUAGCAAGGCCCUGUGUGCCUCGGCCAAGCAGAGGCUGGUCCUGUGCCCGCCCCUACACCGGAUGGAGCAGGAGGUGGAGACGUUUCGGCGGCGUGCGAUCGCUGACACGCUCCUGACCGUGACCCGGAUGGAGAAAUCCAGGACGGAAUACCGUGGAGCGCUGCUCUGGAUGAAGGACGUCUCUCAGGAACUCGACCCGGACACCUGUAAACAUCUGGACAAGUUCCGCAAGGUGCAGUCCCAGGUCAGAGGUUCGAAGGACCUGUUUGAGAAGCUGAAGAACGAUGUGUGUCAGAAGGUUGACAUGCUAGGAGCCUCCCGUUGUAACAUGCUGUCUCACUCUCUCUGCACAUACCAGAUCACCCUCCUCCAGUUCUGGGAGAGGACCGCCUGUGUGAUGAGUGGGAUUCAUGAGUCUUUUAAAGGCCUUGUCCCCUACCAGUUCACCACUCUCAAGGACCUCCGGGACCCUCUGGAGCAGCUGACUGAUUUAGACCUAACCAACCGGGACCAUAACAAAGAGAAGGACAUACAGAGUAACAGUCUGGUCUCUCUGGAUGAAGAGAAGCCAUCAGAAUCAGCCUCUGGCCCCUUCCAUGCUGCUGAUGGACAGAGCCACACCAGUGAAAGCUCUCUGUGUGCUAGUCUGGACUCUGCCCUGUGUGACCUCAGUGGGCAUCUCAGUACAGCCAGCACCGAUGACAACCUCUUACUCCUGGCCUGUGACCAGCCCCAGCCUGGCCUCUCCUCCUCCAUGCAGCCUCUGGCCCCUCUACAGACCACAGCAGCCUCUGGUGGUCCCUGGGGGUUUGGAGGUGGGGACCUCUCUGGAAGCUCUCUACUGCAGCAGGGUCCCAGGGUGGGGGACAAGGAGGAGGAGGACAGAGAGACUGGGGACAUGGCCUUUUUGAAGGACCUCCUGAGCCCUGGACCAAUGGACGCAGACGAGUUCAGUCGAGAGUGGCAAAGCACCUUUGGCUGCUUGGAGUUCUCUGACCCUGUCCCCCCCACCCCCACCCUAGCCCCUCCUCCACCUACUGGAGCGGCCUGCCCCCCCUCUCAGUCCCCCAGUCCCACCGGCUUCCUGCCCUCCCAGCUGCUGGACCACAGUCUGAGUUCUACAGGCUGGGCGACGCCUCCCAUGUUCCAGGCUCCACCCCUACAGUCCCCAGUGUCGGGCCAGGUCCAGUCAGCUAAGGGUGGCCCAAAGUCAACAGCCAAUGUUCCUAAAGCUGCAUCGCGGGACAUGUCUGCAUGGUUCAACCUGUUUGCUGAUCUGGACCCCCUCUCUAACCCUGACACCAUCGGACGCUCUGAUGAUGAGAUCCUCAAUGCCUGAGGGGGGUGUUUGUAGUUACUGUAUACUUUGUAAUGUUUGUAAUAUUCUAUAUUGAUGAUUGAGGAGGAUUUGACUGAGAUUCAUCUUCUAUACAGGAUAUGUACUGUAAGUGGGGUGGGCUUAACCUUAGAGAUAUAAUAUAGAACCUAACACCUGAUUGGUUGGCCCAACAACCUAUCACCGGACCGGGCUCUACCAGUGACAUGGUCUAUAGUACUAAUUAUAAAGCGGGUAGUUUGGGUCCUGAAUUCUGAUUGGCUGAAACAGCAUUCCAGUGUUGUGUAUAUCAGACAAUAUACCACAACUCCUAGUUUCCUGUUCCGUUUAUGUUGGUGAGCAGUUUAGAAUAGCAAUACUGGGUUGGUGGUAUAUGGCCAGUAUAGCACUGCUAAGGGCUGUAUCCUGGACCUCUGCUUCGCGUCGUGCCAACAGCCCUUAUGCGGGGUAUAUUGGCCAUAUAUCAUUAAACACAUGGACCCAGAACAUGGACCCAGAACUUGGACCCAGAGACCAGGAACAUGGACACAGAGACCCAGAACAUGGACCCAGAGACACAGAGACACAGAACAUGGACCCAGAGACCCAGAACAUGGACCCAGAGACACAGAGACCCAGAACAUGGACCCAGAGACCCAGAACAUGGACCCAGAGAACCAGAACAUGGACACAUGGACCCAGAACUAAAUCGUGCAGAUGUGAGUUAACUGAGAUGAUGUCUAAGAUGGUGUAAUCAUGUAAACUGCAGCAUCUGGUUCUUGUCUCCACUACAAGAACUGGAUUUGAUACAUCUCCCCAUACAGCCCUUUUAGCAGGUAGGAUUUAUACUGUACUGUAGUCACAUAGAUCACCUAGGAAACCGCUUGUUCUACCUCACUGAAGCUCAUAUCACUGAUUCUGUUUUCAUGAUACAGGAACUCUAGAAGCAUUUCUCUGGAAUACGUUUGAUGAUUGUUUAUCUUCUGAAUCCCCACGAGCGAAAGCAGAAGCAGAUAGCUCUGAUCUUUUCAUGAGAAGAAUGGGAAUAUUGUGCAGACGUAAGUCUCACGAUGCAGUUUUUAUUACUUUACAGGGCAUUCAGAAAGUAUUCAGCCUUCACUUUAAUCCACAUUUUGUUAAGUUUCAGCCUUAUUCUAAAAUGGAUUAAAUGUUUUUUCCCCCUCAUUAAUCUACACACAAUACCAUUUAUAAUGACAAAGCAAAAUAGCUUUUUAGAAAUGUUUGCAAAUGUAUUACAAAAACCCCCAGGAAAUAUCACACAGUCAUAAGUAUU